ACCCAUCACUCGACAGCAGCACAUCGAAAUGGCCUCCCGACCAACUGUCACGAUCCACGGCGCGGACGGCGCUGCCGGCGAUGCCACGCACCCGCUCCCAAAUGUCUUCAGGGCCCCGAUUCGCCCGGACAUCGUCCAGACUGUUCACACCGGCAUGGCCAAGAACAAGCGCCAGCCAUACGCUGUGAGCGAGAAGGCCGGUCACCAGACCAGUGCUGAGUCGUGGGGAACUGGUCGCGCUGUCGCCCGUAUUCCUCGUGUCUCUGGUGGUGGUACUCACCGUGCCGGUCAGGCCGCCUACGGUAACAUGUGCCGCUCCGGACGCAUGUUCGCACCCACCAAGGUCUGGCGCAAGUGGCACCAGAAGAUCAACCUUGGCCAGAAGCGUUUCGCUACUGCCUCCGCCAUCGCCGCCUCUUCCAGCGCUUCUCUCCUCCUCGCCCGCGGUCACCACGUCAUGACCGUCAAGGAGGUUCCUCUCGUCGUCAACUCCACUGCGUUCGCCGAGGGCGCGCUCAAGAAGACUUCCGCUGCCGUCUCCCUGCUCAAGGCUGUCGGUGCCGGCCCAGAUAUCGAGAAGGUCAAGAGCUCCCGCAAACUCCGUUCCGGCAAGGGCAAGCUCCGCAACCGUCGCCACACUCAGCGCCGUGGACCUCUCGUCGUCUACGAGCCAGAGAAGGACGGCAACAGCCUCGUCAAGGCGUUCCGCAACAUCCCAGGUGUCGAGACCUGCCCCGUCUACGCCCUCAACCUCCUCCAGCUCGCCCCGGGUGGUCACCUCGGACGCUUCGUCAUCUGGACAUCGUCUGCUUUCGGCGCCCUCGACACCAUCUACGGCACCACCACCGAGCCAUCCGCACUCAAGCGUGACUUCCUUCUCCCAACCAACGUCAUGGCCCAGCCAGAUCUCGCCAAGCUCAUCAACAGCGCCGAAGUCCAGGCUGUUCUCCGACCGGUCAAGGGCGGUGCCAUUACCAAGCGCACCGUUGUGCAGAAGAAGAACCCGCUCAACAACAAGCAAGUUCUCCUUCGCCUCAACCCAUACGCCAAGGCCUACUCAGCACAGGGUCUUGGUCACGUCAAGGCCGACGGCGAGAAGACGAAGAAGGAUGCGGCUUUCGGCACCACUCUCAUCGAGAACUAGGGUUGCUAUAUUUGGGUUUCAUGAGCGGGUCAUGCGGUAAAAAGCUGCACGGUGUUCUUCAUAGAAGUCGUAUGAACGAGCGCC